UUACGUACUGUAAAUUAAGGUAAUUAUUCUCGACUUCUAUACUUAUUAUUCUAUACUUACUAUAUUCUAUAUCUUACUAUGUUCUAUAUCGCACUUCUAUAACUUAAAAAAUUUAUCUUGCUUCUGAUAACACAUUUCUUAUAGAAGUGACGUUCCUAGUCGACGAUAUUGUACUGUAUGCAUAAAUACUGCACAAACAUAUUUUUACAUUGAAUUUUUUUCUCUCACUUCCAUUUCAUAUUUUGUCAUAAUAAAAAAAUUGCAUCGAAGCAGCAAAAAUUGUUCUAUGGACUUCAGCGAAACAAUUGCAUGCAAAAAAAACUGACUAAAGACAAUUACCGUUUGUAAACUCCACCGAUGGUUUCUUUCCCACGUUAUUACACGAAUAUUGCAUGCGUCUUGCCGAUCAAUUUUUCCGACACCUUCGAGUUUCGCUUCCGUAUUAAGUGCGCGUAUUUUACCUCGAUGCAAUUUGUCCGAUAAUUCUCUAAAGAUAAAAAAAUAAAAAAUGAAAAACAAUGUAAUAAUGAAAAAAAAAGAGGAAAUGGCUACAAUAGUCAAGUAACACGAUCGGCUCUAUCGUCAGUUCUUUUAAAACCUUCGAAGCAAAUGGAAUAUCCAGAAGAGAAUUAUUAUAAACUGAACCGCUUUCUUCUAUCGACUUGCGGACUAGAGCCUUUCCAAAGCAAGUGGAGUGCUCGUUUAAUAAGAGCUUUUAUCACGGUCGUCCUGAUGUCCUCUAUAAUUUUUCAGAUCUUGUACUGGUUUACAUUUGAAUUCAUCAUAUAUGAAUUUAUAGUAAAUGCGGUGCCAGAGUUUUUAAUUAAAUUGGAUUUCCUAAACAGCUUGCAUUUACGUAUCGGAAAUGUAGACAAAGUUAAAAUAUUAUUCGACCGCAUAUCAAAAGACUGGGCAUUGCAAAAGACACAUAGUGAGAUCAAGAUUAUGCGCGAACAUGCUGAGUUGUCAAAACUAAUCACAUUCUGUUGCACGAUCUUGUCGUAUAUAGGCAUGAUGGGAUAUUGCAUAUGGUUGUGGACACCAGAAAUUCUCAAUGUUUUAAUGCCCAUGAACGAAUCUCGUCCAUGGAGGACACCAUUUAAAUAUGAAUUCUUUUUAGAUGAAGAACGAUACUUUAUACUCAUUCGUUUCCACACGUGCUUUCUACUUCUAACCUUAUCUAUAAUUUUCGUUACGAGUUUCACUUUAUUUAUGACUCUCACACAACACGUUUGCGGAAUGUGCAAGUUAUUGGGGUCUCGCGCAGAACGCUUAUUUCUCGUUGUUGAAGACAGAACGGAAUGCGAUUUAAUUCAGGAGUCACAAAUAAGAAACGAGAACAUGAUCGUUUUUAUACAGCAGCAUUACAACAUUAUACAAUUCGUUGAUAUAAUUGAAUCUUAUCACACAACACUGAUUUUAUGGGAUCUCACAGCAGUAAUGAUUAUGUUGAGUCUUACGAUAAUCCAGAUAUUAACUAUUUCUGAUAUCGACGGAGCUAUUACAUCUAUUGGUAUCUCUGUUGCAUCACUAUGUUAUUUAUUCGUAUGUUGUUACAUGGGACAAAAGAUAACCGAUGAAAGUUUCAGCGUAUAUGAGAAAAUAUACAAUUCUACGUGGUACAAUGCAGUUGUUUCAGAGCAAAAGAUACUGUUAAUGAUACUGAUACGAUGCUGUCACCCGUUGGUCAUCACCGCCAGUAAAUUUUAUACAAUGUCUUUGCAGAAUUUUGGAAAGAUACUUCAAGCAUCGCUCUCCUACUGCAUGUUUGUCAGACAAAUCUGAAAAAGUUUCUAUCAAGUUGCAAGUGUAGAAGUAACGUAGAAAAAUCGCAAGAAUGUGUUAGACACGUAUUGAGCUUAUUCUUAUGAUAAGCAAUUGUCCUCUGUAAAAACAGAAAUCUGUUGGUGCGGUUUACAGAUCUCGAGCUGGUUUACAUUUGAAAUCACAUAUGAAUUUGUAGUGAAUGGGGUGCCAUCGCUUUUAGUUACAUUGUGUAAUCUAAACAGCUUGCAUUUACGUAUCGGAAAUGUAGACAAAGUUAAAAUAUUAUU